AUGUCUACCACAGCGGCGGGAAACAAGCUGGCCCAGGAGAUCCACGAUGAGUUUCUGACCUGCAAGAUCUGUCUAGAAGGCUUCAAAUCACCCAAGUGCCUCGACUGCUUGCAUACGUUUUGUGAACAGUGCAUCGAUAACCACGUACUCAAUGAAUGCUCUUACAAAAAGUACUCUGACUACCGAGAGUUUACCUGCCCGCUGUGCCGGAAAAGAACCCAGCUCCCCCUGGGCGGGGUAAAGAAGCUGCCCGACAACUUCCUUGUGUCCAGCCUGGGCGAGGUGGUGGCCCGACAGAAACCCAGCCAGUACCCCUUCUGUGACAUCUGUAAGCUGGUCAGUCGCAAACAUAAGGAGGCAGUCAGCAAAUGUAUUGACUGCAAUAAACAGUUGUGUAAACAGUGUGUCGACAUGCACAAGGAGACAAAGGUGACCCAGAACCACAGUCUCUUUGACGUGGAGAUAGAGAAGGACAUUGAGUGUAAGGAGCACCAGAACGAGGUGGUGCGGUUCUAUUGUGAGCCAUGCGAGACGUGCAUAUGUGUGCUGUGUACUUUUAACGAACAUAAGGAACACGAAAUAUCCCAGUUCAACGAUGCCGUCAGCAAGUACAAGGACACAAUCCAACAGCUUCUGGGCAACUGCAAAGGAAAGAUUGACGUCUACGACAUGCAGCUAGCGUUGCUGAACAAGUGUGAAGGCUUUAUUAAGAUUGCAGAACAACGCAUCAAAGACGUCACAAUUCAGUUUAUCUCAGAGAUACGCAACAAGGAGAAAUCCCUUAUCGAUGAACUUCACGCCAUCUAUGGACCCGAACUCAUGGAAUAUGUCAACAGAAAGAAUGAAAUGCAGAGCAACUUGGACAGCCUCAAGACCACAUGUAAUCUCACCGAAUUGGUGCUCAAAGGAAAAGAUAUUGAGCUGUUGCUUCUGAAGAAACAAGUGCAGGAAAAGUUGUCCACACUGGCAACUGUGGAAUUGAAGGACCUACCUCAGACUGUUGGUAAACAGAUUUAUUUCGUUCCGGGCAGUCUGAAUUUGGGCAAGCUUGAAGAUCCCGAUUUGGAGAUUGAUAAAAAGAAAGCGGUACAAAAUGCGGAAGAUAGUCAGAAGAUCACUCUACCGAACAUGGUAUUUGGUCGAAAAGGUAAUGAACUUGAUAUUAUGACAGCGGCCGCAAAGGUGGUACAAAAACGGACUUUCGAAACACAGACAGAGAAUCAGUCUCCAAAACUGGCAGCGACAGUAAAUCUAGUUGACAAGGGUAUGGUCACAGAGUAUCCCGAAAGAUAUGACAGUGAGGAUUCGUCAUUUUGUGGCAAUGAUGGGCCCUUUAGUCUAGAGACAAGAGCAACAGAGACUGAUGUUAUCUCUACGACGGAAAAAGCUGUGAACACACCUUCCAAAAGCGUGCAAGGGCUAGCCAGCCAGCUUCAGCACGCCGAUUCCAAAGAUGAAUCCCCUACAGAGGCUGGUACGGGUAUGGAGUCUCCAGCCACUCGAAGGCAGCGUCGGCGUCGGGAAAGGGUCAAGCCGGCAGAGCCCAUGGCUGGUGGAAACAAUGCCGGGGUUGUAUAG